CCUCUCCUGUGCCACAUGGGUCCUCUGACAUCCAUCAGGACCAUGCGGCUCUGGGGGCCUCGAAGCCUGGGGGUGGCUCUGGGAGUGUUCAUGACCAUCGGAUUUGCCCUCCAGCUCUGGGGCGGGCCCUUCCAGAGGAGGCUCCCCGGGCUACAGCUCCGACAGCCCUGGGCCCGCUCCCCGCAGCCAGCUGCUGCGUCCUGCCUGCCCCGGCAGCGACUCGUAUUCCUGAAGACACAUAAAUCUGGGAGCAGCUCUGUGCUCAACCUGCUUCAUCGUUACGGAGACCGGCACGGACUGCACUUUGCCCUCCCGGACCGCUACCAGUUUGGCUACCCAAGACUCUUCCAGGCUUCUCGGGUCAAAGGCUACCAUCCCCAGGACAAGGUGGGCGGCCAGACCCCCUUCCACAUCCUCUGUCACCACAUGAGAUUCAACCUAAAAGAGGUACUUCAGGUCAUGCCUUCUGACAGCUUCUUCUUUUCCAUCGUCCGAGACCCUGCGGCCCUGGCCCGCUCGGCCUUCUCCUACUACAAGUCUACCUCGUCCGCCUUUCGCAAAGCGCCAUCCUUGGCUGCCUUCCUGGCUAAUCCUCGGGCAUUCUACCGGCCCGGGGCCCGUGGGGACCACUACGCCCGCAACUUACUGUGGUUUGACUUUGGCCUCCCUUUCCCCCCUGAAAUGAGGACCAAGAGAAAGAAUCUUCUUCUCCCCAGCCCCCAGCUGCACAGCUUGCCUUCUGCCGCUGGCCCUCAAGCUCAGAACAAGGACCUCAGUGCUGUCUUCCAACCCAUCUCCACUGUCGCUGAGGGUCACGGCCGGACCGCCAGCCCUGCCUCAUCAGACUCGGGGUCCUUGUCGUUCAUCCAGUGGGGUCUGGCUUGGCUAGACUCUGUGUUUGACCUGGUCAUGGUGGCAGAGUACUUUGACGAGUCAUUGGUUUUACUGGCGGAUGCCCUGUGCUGGGGUCUGGAUGAUGUGGUAGGCUUUGUGCACAAUGCCCAGGCUGGAGGUGAGCAGGGACACGGUGCUGCUGGCAACGGUGGACAGACGGCUGAGGAGCGCCAACUGACCGCUCGUGCCCGAGCCUGGAACCACCUGGACUGGGCUCUCUAUGUCCACUUCAACCGCAGCCUGUGGGCACGGAUAGAACAGUAUGGCCAGAACCGUCUGGAGGGCGCUGUGGCCCAGCUCAGGGCCCGCCGGGAGGCCCUAGCUAAACGUUGCCUUGAAGGGGGUGAGGCUUUAGACCCCAAAUACAUCUCUGACCGGCGUUUCCGCCCCUUCCAGUUUGGGUCAGCCAAGGUUUUAGGCUACAGACUUCGGAGUGGGCUGAGCCCCGGUGACCAGGAGGAGUGUGAACGCCUGGCCACCCCUGAACUCCAGUACAAAGACAAGCUGGCUGCCAAGCAAUUUCCCCCUACGGUCUCGGUGCCCCUCAAGACAGCCAGGCUACUGGCCCCAUAGACACCUCUAGAGAUCCCCCAGGUAAGAGCCCUUAAGUUAGCAGGGGGCA